AUGCCUGCUGAUAUCCGAUCGUUUUUCGGCGGCAAAGGGGGCGCCGCCCCAGCGAAGGCCCCGCCCAAGAAGGAGAACGACUCGGCCAAGAAACCACGGGCGAAGGGCCGCAAGGUCGUCGAUGAUAGUGACGAAGACGAUGAGCCUGUAGCUCAACCGAAAAAGCAGGCAAAGGCCACCCCGAAGAAGAAGGCUGCAGAACCCGAUGCCGUUAAGGGGACUGCCAUCUCCGCCAACGACUAUUUCGCAUCUUCCAAGGCAAAGCCUCAGAAAGUUGAUGGCACACCAAAAUCAGCUACCAAAACUCGUACCCAGGUCGAGAUUCGACAAAGUCCACGGAGCAAGCAGCCGGCUGCACCUCCCGCGGCCGACACAGCGAAGAGUGCCACAAAUGGCAUUAAGAAGAAAGCCACAACAACAUUUCACAAGCAUGGCCUUGACGACGACGAAGAUGCAUACAUGGACGAUGAAGAUGGAGGGGACGAUAUCUUCGCUGCUGACAUUAAGGGCCGUAAGAGAAAGAACGACGACUACGAGGAUGAUGAUAGUGAGGACGAGUUUCUGCCAAAACCUAAACGGGUGGCCUCUCGAGGCAAGCCUGCAGUGAAGGCCGAGGAAUCGGAUCAAGAUGUGAAGCCUACCGCAACGAAAGCAGCCAAGAAUGGCAAGCCAGCAGCGGCCGGCAAGAAGCGAAAGACUCCUGUUAGUGACGAGGAUUCAGAUGAUGCCACUCCACGCAAAAAGGCUGCUGCUAAGCCUCGUGCUCCAAGAGCGAAGAAGGCCGCAGAACCAGAGAGUGCCGACUUCCAAGCCAUCAUUGAUGCUGUCCCCACUGUCCGACCUCCAACACCACCGCCCAAGGACCCGAACUUCAAGUUUGAUUGGCGAAAGGCAGCUCCUGGGGGUGGUAACUCCGGGCCUCCGCCUAAUGCGGGCGCUGCCGAUAUCCCUGAAGGAGAGGAGAACUGCCUGAUCGGUAUGACUUUUGUUUUUACGGGCUUGUUAAAGACCAUUGGCCGAGAAGAGGCUCAAGCUCUCGUCAAACGAUAUGGUGGAAAGGUCACAGGUGCACCGAGCAGCAAAACCACCUUCGUCGUGCUCGGCGACGAUGCGGGCCCCAGCAAACUCACAAAGAUCAAGCAGCUGAAUAUCAAGACGAUCGAUGAAAAUGGUCUUUUUGCACUGAUACGUACUGCUCCCGCGAAUGGAGGCACCGGCAAGGGCGCCGCGAAGGCCCGGGAGAAGCAAGAGGCCGAUCAAGAGAAGAUCAAACAGCAGGCAGCAGAGAUGGAAAAGGAAGAGAAGGCGCGAAAAGCCGAAGCAGAGAAGGCCCGCAAGGCCGCGUCUGUCCGAGGUGCUACCGGCCCGGCUCAACCAGCAGCCAACUCUCAAUUAUGGACGACUAAAUAUGCCCCGUCUCAACUGAACCAGAUCUGCGGAAACAAAGGCCAAGUCGAAAAGAUUCAAGCCUGGUUGAAGAACUGGCCGAAAGCGCGAAAGUAUGACUUCCAGAAACGUGGAGCAGAUGGCAUGGGAGCUGCACGUGCGAUCAUUCUUUCAGGACCUCCGGGCAUUGGAAAGACUACUGCAGCACAUCUCGCCGCAAAAUUGGAGGGAUAUGAUGUGAUAGAAAGCAACGCCAGCGACACUCGAAGCAAGAAAUUGGUGGAGAAUGGCGUUAGCGAUGUCAUGACCAACACCUCUUUACUAGGCUAUUUCGCUGGAGACGGCAAGAAGGUUGAGGAUGCCAAGAAGAAGAUCGUGCUCAUCAUGGAUGAGGUGGACGGUAUGUCUGCAGGCGAUCGUGGUGGCGUUGGCGCUCUGGCGAAGUUUUGUAAGAAGACCGAAGUACCCUUGAUUCUCAUUUGUAACGAACGUCGACUACCCAAAAUGAAGCCUUUCGACUUUGUUGCCUUUGACAUCAAGUUUCAGCGACCCACGGUUGACCAAGUCCGCUCUCGAAUCAUGACAAUUUGCCAUCGCGAAGGCUUGAAGUUGCCUGUUCCUGUUGUGGAUGCGCUUAUUGAGGGCAGCAAUAAGGAUAUUCGACAGAUCAUCAACAUGAUUUCAACUAUCAAACUCGACCAGACCUCUAUGGACUACGACCAGAGCAAGUCGAUGUCAAAGGCAUGGGAGAAACAUGUCAUUCUCAAGCCAUGGGAUAUUUGCCAGAAGAUGCUUGCGGGAGGACUUUUUGCCCCAGCGAGCAAGGCAACUCUGAAUGACAAGAUAGAGCUCUAUUUCAACGACCACGAAUUCAGUUAUCUUAUGAUUCAAGAGAAUUACUUGCGCACGCGCCCGAUGGCGCUACAGGGCAGAGGCUACAACAAGAGAGAAGAGAACAUGAAAUAUCUCGAACUCAUGGAUCAAGCUGCCGAGAGCAUCAGCGAUGGCGACCUUGUUGAUAGGAUGAUACACGGGCCCCAGCAACAAUGGAGCUUGAUGCCAACUCAUGCAGUCUUUAGUUCGGUAAGGCCUUCGAGCUUCGCUGCUGGUCAACUCUUGGGCUCCAACUUCACAUCAUGGCUUGGAAAUAACGCCAAGAGUGGCAAGCUGGGCCGCUACAUCAGGGAGAUUCACUCCCAUAUGAGAUUGAAGUCGUCUGGUGACCAUAACGAGAUUCGUCAGCAGUAUCUUCCUGUUCUUUGGUAUCAGCUCAUCCAGAGAUUAUCUGUGGAGGGCAAAGAUGCUGUCGAAGAGAUAAUAGAUCUGAUGGACAGCUACUACUUGACGAGAGAGGAUUUCGAUUUCAUCAAGGAGUUGGGAAUUGGACCGCAGUCAGAGGACGUCGUCAAUUUUGAGUCCCAGACCAAGGCGGCAUUUACUCGAACUUACAACUCGAUGUCACACCCUGUUCCGUUCAUGAAGGCCAGUAAUGUUACUGCCACGAAGAAGGUGGCCAAGGAGAUGCCUGAUCUUGAGGAGGCUAUCGAGGAAGAAGAUGAUAAUGAUGUUCUUGAGCCAGCUGAGGCUGACGAUGAUGAAACCGAUAUCAAGAAGGACAAAUACAUCAAACAGCCGAAGCAGAAGGCUAAGAAGGCAACUAAGAAACCCACAAAAGCUGAGGAUGAUGAUGAAGACGAUGAUGUGAAACCUGCAAAGGGACGUGGCAAAGGGAAAGCAGCCGCUGCCAAGGGCAAGGGCAAGAAGUGA